AUGAAUGACAAAGAACUUUACUUUCUCGAAUGCAGACAUAAGGGAAGAAUUGUUAAGAAAAUCAAAGAAGAAGUUGCUGCAAGAAAUCAAACAUUUAACAUUGCUGAUGUUGAAAUUCUUCUCCACAACGCUUUUGAUAAUGUUCCUCAAGAAGUCUGGGCCAAAUGUGUGAGGCACGCCGAGGAGCUCCAGGAUAAAAACUUAAGGAAAAUCAUUUUAAGAGAUCAACCACCACCUCUGAUAAUUAACUUACAGGAAGACGACACAGAUGGGGAAGAUACGGAUGAGGAUUUUUGGUGA